AUGCCAAACUACUUUAACUCUUCACAUAGCUUUCUAAGUGACGAAGAGAGAGAAAAUGAACAUCCAAAUAAUAAAGAAUCAACACCGGAUGCGACCUUUAAUACAUGUUCAUUUUCAGCAAACAAAAAUUCAAUAUACCUCGUCUUGCUUACCAUUUUAGAGGCAACGAUCGUUAUUGUACUUGAAUCAGUCUUGUUGUCUCGAUUCAAUCAGAGUCUUGCAGAACAAUCGAGUGAUGUGGGCUUACAAAAAGGAAUACCCGUUUAUCUAAGCAUAUUCAUCUUUUCACUUGUCUUUCAAGUUGGCUUAGCUUGGGAUGCAGUCCGCAACAAAAACAUGAUCCAAAUCAUUGCCUUUAUUUUAUUUAACCUUUGUUGUUUUGCUUAUGCCGUAUUUCAAUUUAAGCAAAUAGCCGAAGCCCUAAAAUAUGUCUUUCCUACUCAAUUAGAAAAAGUCACCAAUCUACAAAAGAUCAUCUUUGCUGCACCUGUUGUCAUUGGUGUCUGUCAACUUGCCUAUUUUUAUCUCGGUGCUCGUCUCUAUCUCGAGUUUGGAUGGAGAAUAUACAAGAAAAUCGGCGCAGAUCCGGAUAUUAGAAACAUGUAUCGAUGGUACCAGAUCUUCUUGACCAUUCUAAAGCUCGACAUCUUCUUUUUCUUGGGCUUCUCCAUUCAAUUCCUUGUCCUUGUCCUUCAGCGAGGCGAUGCCGAAUAUCCAUUGACCAUUGUUGCCUUACCAGGGACCUGUCUAGCUCUUGUAUUAGCCGUGUAUGCCGUCCGUCACGAGUCAAGGCAACUGAUGACUCUCUUCUUCAUCGGACUGGCUGCUGGUGUUGCUUACUUUAUAUUCAAGAUUUGUCGUAUCUAUGAUCCUUCUCAGGCACAAAAGUAUCGAUAUGUCAAUGAAGUGCUCACCUUUUUUGCUGGUGUGACUUUGUUUUUGCUUAUUCUCACCAGUCUUAACGCUGCAAUCUGUUGGCACAACUUUGAUAAAGGUCUCAAAGGACACUUGCUCAGGGGCCUGGAUCCCCUUCAUUCGUCUACGGAAGAGAAUGGCGGCCGUACGCUGUCGCUUGACUAG